AUGGAAAAAAGUACGAUCGCUAGCGUUGCGGAGUCCUGCAACUACGAGUUUACGGCUUUAUUGGAUUCCGAUCCAUUGCGGCAGCAGGCUGACAGGGCUGAGUUGGCCGAAGCGGUCGAAGAAGAAAGAGCCCGCUUUAGGCUGUGGGCAGCUCACAUCGGAACCUUCGCAAAGCAUCACUCUUCUUUGGACUAUCGACUAAGAGAAAGCGAGAAAGUGCGAUCACUUGUGAUAUCUCAGCUUGAGAUUCUUCGAACAGCUGAACUGCGACUUGCAGAACUCCUACUACCCGGGACCUCCGAAUCAGAAACAGGAUCCUCGGAAGAACCCGAUGUUCCAACUGAAGAUGAAUGCCUUAUUAGCAUACGUGGUGCAAUUGAUCGGUUACAUCGCCUUGCCAAGGCGAUUAGGCACCCGGGGAUUGCUUCCCAAGCCUCCAAAGCGAACCAUUUCAACCCCACGGAUGAAUUUGGGAAUAAUGAAAUUGAGUCUUUUGAAAAAUACAGUUUGCAGAUUGUCCAACAGCGCUGCCCUGGUGCAGCCGAGUAUUUGCAUCACCGGCUGAGCAAGGCCAAUGCUUCUCGAAGGAGACUGUUUCUCUAUCGGAGGAAGCAUCAAGACAUAUUGAAUGGGAGAAGACAUAGCUCCCCGAAACGACGUCCGUCAAUGUCUCAACGACAAACACAGGAAACCUUUUCAGCGUUACCAGAAACGAAAUCUAAAGCAAGCCAGCUUGUUCCGGAGUCCUCGACACCACAAAAGCACUCUGACAGUCAGGCUCAGUCGUCAAUUGCAAAGGCGACCAGCUUUGUUGAAUCUCAAUUUAAGCCGGACGCCUCUUCCAAGGCAGCUAGCUCUAUUGGCGGGACUUCAGUAGCCAGCAUUGUCGACCAUUCUCGCUUACCACCUCCACCAAGAGUCCCAAAAACUCGAACUCAGUUCGAGUGCCCGUACUGUUGUCAACUUGUUCCGACAAGUAUCCUCGGUAAAGGUGCAUGGAGACGACAUCUGAUGAAGGAUCUGGAGCCAUUUCGAGACCAAAGUACGUGGAUGACUCAUCUGCGGUCUCAUGCAAUGCGAUGGUCGUGUCGCCUACCUGGUCACCCGAGAGGCCGCAGUACGAUGGUCUUUACCUGUGGAAACGAGUACGCAGCACAUCUCAGAGAACAACACUCCCAAGGAGCAUCAUUUAAUGACGCUCAAAUUGAUUUGUUGAAGCGACAACGUGGACUUCCGGAUCCAACCCCUCUCAAAUCAUGCCCAUUGUGCCACAUUUCCAUAGGAGACCUCAGCCAAGCAUAUAACGAAGGAAUCACAUAUACCAGCCGCGGAGAGACCGAAAUGCCUCCUGCAUCUACCCUAGCUCUACAGAUGCAGAAGCACAUUGCAUCACAUCUCAUGAUGAUUGCAUCUUACUCCCUCCCUUGGCUGGAUGAUACCGAUGACGAUGUUGCGAGCGAUAAACCUAUUUCUUUUGCAACAGAAACCACCAGUAGUGAGAAGGUAGAAGUGCGUGGUACCCCGCGUGCCGAUAGCCAUGGAGACCUCGCAGCACAAUUUGAAGAGCUCACUUUCAACGACCAUGAUGAAGAACCCCCCGAGCGCAAUCAAGGAGAAUGGGAUUUUAUCAUAGGUGCUCCAUACGAAGGCCAAGAGUUUGAUGAUGUUCUGUCAUCGUUUGUGCGAAAAUACCAUGUUGAGAUGGCGUUUGCCGGGAGUACCAAUAGAGAGCCAACGCUGCCCUGUAACUAUAUGCCACUGGGUCGAAACACAGACUUCUUUAGUCGAGAAGACGCUCUUCAGUUUAUUGAAACUCAGCUAUGCUCUGGACAUGCAGCUGAUGAAGGUAUAAGCCAACAAACAACUGUGCUGAAGACAUGCAGCCUUUAUGGGCCAGCAGGAAUCGGCAAGACACAAGUAGCUGUGGAAUUCGUGCAUCGGCACAUGCAAGAUUUCGACGCGGUGUUUUGGGUUCACGCCGAUGAAGCCUCGAAAAUGAUUGAGGACGUGAAUCGAAUCACGGUUCAGCUAGGCUUGGUGGACGAAACAUCAGCCGACUCGGGCGAUCAAGCUCUGACGAGAGACCUUUUCAAGCGUUGGCUCGGAAAUCCCGCCAAGUCCUUCAAACCGGGAUCGGGCUUCGACAGGGCAAAUUGGCUGCUCGUUCUUGACCAUGUCAUCGAGCCAGCUGUUCUCAAUCAAUUCUGGCCGGCUGAACGAGAAUGUGGUUCGAUCCUGAUUACAAGCCGGAGGUCGAUGCCGUGGCCUCCUGAACAAUACCCUUCCAAGACGCUCGAACGAUUCACACCCCAAGAAGGAGCCGAAUUCAUGUGUAACCUCCUCGGAACAAGUGUUUCCCCAGAAGAACAACAAUGCGCGAGUCUUAUUAGCUCGAAGGUCAAAGGUGUGCCAUACGCAUUGAGGCACUUGACAAAAUGGAUUAUGGGAGAGGAUCUAAGUUUCAGCGAAUUUCUAGCACAAAACCAUACCCGCGAGAAUAAAAAGCUCCAAAAGAAGAUGAAGGGAGAGUUGGCUAGAUUCGUGGUCGCUGAGGAGCACUCAUUUCUAGAAGCCGCCUUUGAAAGUCUUAAGCACUCAAGACCGUUACUGGAUGUCCUCUCCAUGCUAGAUCCAGAUAACAUACCGGAGCAAAUCCUACUGACUGAUUCUCCUCACGUAUUCAUACGCGGAUAUCCGACGACUCAACUGGGUUUGCGCAAAGCGCUGCAAGAGCUGCUGAAAUAUAGCUUAGUAACCCGGAGCCGCACGUCAACGACUAUUUUCAUUCACCGAAUCGUACAGGAUGCAGUGAGGAAGCAAAUGAGACCCUUACACGCGAGAGAUGUUUUUAAUACUUGUGUUCUUCUUCUCUCUGCAAAGUGGUAUUGCCACGAACGUGGAAGAACCUUGGAGUCUGAUGUAUUUAGCGGCAUAGCUCAGCGUCUCUGUGAGGAGCUCAAAAAUUUCUAUCCCCUAACUGCGGAUCAUCUCCAAUCACAUAAUCCCAAGGAACGGGAUAUCGAGAGCCUUCUCGCCGAGAUUCAUCACAAUCGUGGCGUUAUGGCAAAUGAAAUCAAUCGACCGCACGAAUCCCUCAAUUACCUCCUGAAAUUCAACGCAAUGAUGAUGAAAGAGCUAGGAGACAGACGUCCUGGGACCGAUAUGCGCCUGGCUCUCUCAUUUAAUGAGCUUGGGUGUGCUUACAUGCUGCAAAAUGAUUAUGAGCAUGCGGAGAAGUGUUUUGAGAAGUCUAUCAGCAGCAUGGAGAAAUUAGACAAUUAUGAACGGUGGCAGGUUUCUCUACCUGGUGUAAACCUUGGAGUGGUCUAUUGGCUUACAGAGCGGUAUACCGAUGCGCUCGACAUACUGUCACGAGGUCUUCGUGAUCGGGAAAGGAAAUUUGGAUUCAACGAUCAAGAAUCUUUCAUCACCGGCCGCUUCCUCUAUGCUCUCGGCAACGUACACGAAUCACUCAACGAUUAUGAUGUCAGCUUAGAAUAUCAUCAACGCUCCCUAAAUCACUACCGAAAUACGCUUGGAAGUGCGCAUCAUCGAACAGCGGAUGCGUUCGUUCGAAUCACGAAACAUUUUAUGAGACAGGGCCGAUUAGCAGAAGCAUUAGAUCUUGUGGAUAAAGCCAUUCAGAUAUACCAUAAUUUUGAUUCUGCCUUCGAAGCAGAAACUGCCCGUGCGAAGUUCUGCAAAAGCAAAGUACUGCAGCAAGUGGAGAGGUUCGCCGAUGCAGAGAAGGAGCUAGCUGAAAGUGUCAAAUGGUAUCACGAGCUUAAAGGGCAAGACCUCACCGGGAGCCAACCCGUGAGGGAAGCUGAUUUCGACCGACUGGUUGUGUUCUGGUCGAGAUAG